GGGCAGCCGGCGGAAGCGGCGGUGGCGGCGGCGAUGGCGCUGCGGGGCGGGCGGCGGGCGGCGAUGCCGGGAUAGCGCCGGGCGGCCAUGGCGGGGGGAGCCGGCCCGCCGCCGCCGCUCCUCCUGCUGCUGCUGCCGCUCCUGGCGCUGCCCGCCGGCCGCGCCAACCGCACCGGCCCCGAUUCCCUGUACAUCUCCGAGUACUUCUCUCAGAGCGCCCAGAAGCUGUCCUUCUACAGCUGGUACGGGAACGCCAAGCUCUUCCACUUCCAUGUGCCAGAAGACACCGUGCUGCUCCGCUGGCUGCUGCAGGCGUCCCGGGGGAGAGGACCCGAGUGCACCAACAUGGAGAUCACAGUGCAUUUUCGCUACGGAGCCCCUCCUGUAAUUAAUCCACUGGGCACUCAUUUUCCUGCAAAUGCAACCGUCCGUCCUUCCUAUAACAUCAGCAUCACUCUGAGCGGUGCUGUGCAAAACACCACCUUUGUGAACGUCACCACCCCUGCAGCUGGAGACUGGUUCAUCGCUGCCCAUCUCCCCGAGGCUGCUGGCAGGAUUGAAGUGAAAGGUUUCUCCACUCCAUGCCACUAUGUGUUCCAGGCAGAUAUGUUUGUGCUCAGACUCGCUGAUACACCUGUUCUGGAGCCUGGUGUUCCCACGCUGCAAACCGUUGUCUCCCCUGCGAAGCCUCUGCAUGUGAAGGUCUUUGUCCCCAAGCACGCCUCAGGGAUGCGGUUUGAGCUGCGAAGGUGCGUGACCAGCGAGCAGAAAGCGUGCACUGUGCGGGUAGUGCUGGGCUCCAUCACGCUGCCCCAGUCCUUCCAGAAGAUUGUCACCUGCACGGGGACUGUCAACUGCAGCCUGGCCCUGCAUUCACCCCCCUGGGAGAAGUGGCUGCAGAUCAUGGUGGAGAGUCUGGGUGCUGCCAAUGCCAGUGUGUCGGUGGAGAUGCUGGCUUCUUUCACAGCUUGCAGACCGGGAAGCACCAGUUCAUUUCUGAACUUCAGCAGCCUAAACCAGAGCCAAGCUGGUCCCAGACCAGGCAGCGCAGGAGCAGCGGGGAGCUCCGCUCUCUCUGCUGGAGAGGCUUCUCGCAAUGUGUCCCACCAGAGGAGCUUCUGCCUGCAGAACCAGCCCGUCGUGCGUGAGGACCUGGAUGUGGUGUCUGUGCGCUACAGGCUCUUGAAUGGCCCCACCGUGCCCGUGAACUCCUUCUCCCCAACCCUCGUCCUCCUCAACCUGAACACUGGCAUGGACAGCGGGGGUACCCUCGUGGUCAGUCUCCUGCUGAACAAGACAUCCGUGAGCCUGGCCAAUGCCACCGUGGUGGCGUGUGUGAGUGCUGCGUCACCGGUGCUGUCCCUCAAUGCCACCCAGAACUGCAGCACAGCUUUUUUCCAGGGCUACCCUCUGAGUGUGAACGCAUCCUCAGCAGAAGCGACGGUGAUUGUCCUGUACCCACAGACGGACAACUGGUUCCUCUCCCUACAGCUCGUCUGCCCCAAGGGCCAGGGUGAAUGUAACGCCGCAGAAGCCAAAGUGACCGUCUUCGCAUACCUCACCCCCUGCUUCAAUGACUGUGGGCCCUACGGCCAGUGCAGCCUCCUGAGAAGACACGGCUACCUCUACGCUGGCUGCAGCUGCAAGGCAGGUUGGGGCGGGUGGAGUUGCACAGACGAUACCAAGGCCCAGUCUGUCGGUGCACAGAACCUGGCUACCCUCCUGCUCACCCUGAGCAACUUCAUGUUCCUGCCAGCAAUAGCAGUUGCUGUCUAUCGCUACUACCUGGUGGAGGCCUCCGUCUACACCUACACCAUGUUCUUCUCCACGUUCUACCACGCGUGUGACCAGCCAGGCAUCGCGGUGAUGUGCAUCAUGGACUACGACACACUACAGUACUGUGACUUUUUGGGCUCCGUGGUGUCCAUCUGGGUGACGAUCCUGUGCAUGUCCCGGGUGAAGAAGAUUCUGAAAUACGUCCUUUUCAUCUUGGGGACCCUGUUAAUUGCCAUGUCCCUGCAGCUGGACCGCAGAGGGGUGUGGAACAUGAUGGGUCCCUGCCUCUUUGCCCUUGUCAUCAUGAUUGCAGCGUGGGUUCACCACGGGGUGAAGCGCAGACACUGCUACCCCUCCUCGUGGAAGCGCUGGGUUUUCUACCUCCUCCCAGGGAUCACCUUGGCUUUCAUCGCCAUCUCGGUGUAUGCAUUCAUGGAAACCAAUGAGAACUAUUACUACACCCACAGCAUCUGGCACGUGCUGGUGGCUUGCAGCGUUGCGUUCCUGCUUCCUCCUCGGGACAAGCAUAAGAAGCCCUGGGCCUGGUCACAGAAGCUGACUUGUCGCUAUCAGAUCUGCCAGAACGACCGCGAGGAGCUCUAUGCUGUGACCUGAACCUGCUCAGCUCCCCGUGGCAGAGGUGGAGGGCUGGUGGGGUUGCUCUUUGCCUGGGCUGCCCCUCUCUCACACAUCAGCCAUCCUCUUACAUGCUCAUUCACUGGCCAGGGGAGCACGGCAUGGACCUGGUUUAAAGAUGAAGAUGGUGGGCUUGUCUUGUGAAGAUGAGUCUGAGGCCACCUCUGCUUUUCUACUGGGAUGGGGCAGGUUCUUUGUGGUUCUACAUCAAGGAAUAGCCCGUCCUUCACCUCCCUGUGGCCCGGGGGGAAAUCACCAACCCUUCUCCUCCUCCUGCUGCAUCCAUGAGGCUUGUGCUUAGCCUACGCUGAGCUGGAGCCAGGGUGUUGGCUGCUGGGCUCUUCCCUGCACCCCUGUCCUAGCAGAGGGCUGGGGGGUGGGGAUUUCUCCUGCCAUCCUGCAAUCAGCAUUUGAACCCAAGAGAAGAACAGGUUUCUUCUGAUCUGGGGUGCAAAUGCUGCCGCACACCCUUGGUGCUGAUGAGGAGGGAGGAAGCUGCUCUUGGUGUGUGCUGGGCCCAUGGCUGCUGUCAAAACGGGGGUCUGGACCCACUCUGCCUGUGAAACAGGUGGUGCUGCUCGGACAUGGUCCAGAUUCUGCGGGGACAAGGACAAGGCCAGGACUUGGCAUGAAUGUGAAAAAAAAAAUGCAGGGACGUGCAAGAGGCAUUGGCAGCAUCUCACCCGGAGCUGUGAAACCCACAGCGGCACAGGGUUUAGUCUGAGUGUAACAUUAGCUCUCUUAGCUCAUCUGGAAGGAGCCAGGCUGCUGCACCAGGUCCCUUCCUCUCUUGAUGUUCAGGUAUUCGCCAUCUUCCUCCCUUUUACGGGAUCGGUGUGUGCGUGGCUGUGCCUGGGCUCUGGUCCAGGGUGACGUCCGAGCUGCCCCCCAGCUCCUCCAGCCUGCUGUGCCACGGGGCUGGACGUGCUGGGGAGUCACGGCCAAGCUGAGGCCACCAGCAAUGUCCCGGCCUGCCAGGGACAUGGCCACAGGCUCCCCGGGUGGCUGCGGGCUCCUUGGACGUGUCUGUCUUGCCUCAGCCUUGCUACAGGGCAUGCAGAAAGCAAAGGCAGAAACUUGGCAGCCAGGCAAGUUGUCUUUGCUCAUCCUUAAUCUCUAGAUAAGGGCUCACAUACAUUGUUCCUGCUGGUUUGUUCGAGCUGUGGUCAGUGAGGUGUGUGUGCUGCUGCCUGUGCGCAGAGCCCCUCAGGUGACUUUGGGGAGGAAAGAGUUAUUAAUGAAGGACGUGCCUCCUCGUUUGUAGGAAACAGGGUCAGUUCUUUGCAUUGAGAAGCGCCCAGCUUUCUGCUCAGCUCUGCACUUUAUCCCUCUCCCUCCCCAUCCGCUGCAAACUCCGACUUCUAAGCAGACGCAGGACGAGCGAAGGGCGCUCACCUGCACCCAGCGAUGCCGUCACCCUCGUUCCCCGUCUUUCCUUUUGCUGCUGCCGUCCACGACGCCGGCAGCAUGGCAGGAGCGGGGGACACGGGGCCCUCAGCUCUUCCUUGAACUUUUAUCACUUUUAGGCACUUUUUGCCCCCCUCUCAGUUUGCACAGCGGCGUUGCAGCCCCAGCCCUGUGGCAGGCGACUGCUGCUCCUCCAGCCGUGCCAGGCUGCCGGUCUGGCCCGGUGCUGCCGGUUACCGGAGAAAGCAAUAAUUCAAUGAUUCCUGCUGGGGAUUUUCCUUCAGUGGCUUCUGUGCUGCAAAGCAGGAGAAGCUUUGGGGUGAGAAAUCCCACUAACAUGAUUGUUUAUUUUGUAUUUGAUCGUUUAUUUUGUGUUUGAUUGUUGAAAUUCUGCUUCCCCCCACCUCCCCACGAAGGUUGUGUUAGGUGCCUGGGGGAGCUUUUGGGUAAAAUCUGAGCAAAUGUCUAGGGGGGGGGAAAAAGGUUAAUUUUGUUUUUCUUUGCUGUUAAUACCUGUGAUUAUUUUAUACGGUAAAUUUUAAAGCUUACGGUUUUAUAAUUUAAUAAAGGUACUUGAGGGCAAA